AUGUCCUCCAAAUUCCUCUUCACCUGUACGUGCGCAUUUCUUGUGGUUUCGGCGCCUUCUUUCGUGAGACUGACUCUGUGUGUUUCGUGUCAUAUAGCCGAAUCCGUCGGAGAAGGUCACCCUGGUAAGUGAAUCGGCUGAGCGUGCUGGGUGUGGGUGGUGUGCGGAGGUCGGUCCAAGCGGGCCCGGUGGAUAGCGGAUAGCGGACAGCCGCCGCGAUGGCGACAUCGGUGCUGCAUGCCCGUUUUCACACGAGGAGCGACGUGCGACCGGCCUGAACAAAAAAUCGUAUCUGGUCCCGCUCCUGCAACGGGGAAUGACUUUGCGACAUGGUUUCACUCCCUUCCGGUGCCACUUGCCCAAUGCAUGGUCUCUGGCUCUGCACGAUCCAGGGUGCGGGUCCACGUGUACCAGCGUCGAGUCGAGGAACGGUUGGGGGAUCGACCACGCGCGCCCGGGUCGGCUGAAUCCAUUUGGCGAAGCCCGUGAGAUGAGCUGUGUCGGUCGGUGGCGCUCCUGUCUACGGGUUCUGUCCCCCGGUACACCCACGUAGUAUUCGAUCCGUAUGUCGACGCCUCCGAUCGCGCCUGCAUCAUCACUGCCGAUUGCAUGUGGCUUCGAGCGAACGUGCGACGCUGACCCCCUCGACCGUUUUGUGACCUUCGCUCGUGCUGUUUCGCACCAUCAGACAAGAUCUGCGACCAGAUCUCGGAUGCCAUCCUUGAUGCCUGCCUCAAGGACGACCCUUGGUCCAAAGUCGCGUGUGAGACCGCUGCCAAGACUGGUUUGGUGAGUGACUUUGACGCGAUCACCACUUCGCAGACCCCGGCAGGAUCCGGUGUGCACGACACUGGGCGGAAAUUGACAUGCGGGCAAUCUUUGUGACCCUCAGAUCAUGGUCUUCGGUGAGAUCACCACCAAGUCCCCUCUCGACUACCAGAAGAUCAUCCGUGACACGAUCAAGAGGAUCGGCUACGACGACUCGGAGAAGGGUUUCGACUACAAGACCUGCAACGUUCUCGUCGCGAUCGAGCAACAAUCACCCGAUAUCGCCCAGGGUCUCGACCACGGCAACCUCGAGAACCAUGGUGCCGGUGACCAGGGUAUCAUGUUCGGCUACGCCACCAACGAGACCGAGGAGAUGAUGCCCUUGACUUUGAUGCUCUCGCACAAGCUGAACAAGAAGAUGGCCGACCUCCGCCGCUCCGGCGAGCUCGGAUGGCUCCGCCCCGACUCCAAGACCCAGGUCACGAUCGAGUACGAGAAGCUCCCCAACGGAGCCGUCAAGCCCCUGCGCGUCGACACCGUCGUCAUCUCGACCCAGCACGCCGAGGAGAUCUCGACUGAGGACUUGCGCAAGGAGUUGAUCGAGAAGGUCGUCAAGGCCGUCAUCGACCCCAAGUUGCUCACUGACAAGACCGUCUACCACAUCCAGCCCUCCGGACGCUUCGUCAUCGGUGGCCCUCAGGGUGAUGCCGGUUUGACCGGUCGCAAGAUCAUCGUCGAUUCGUACGGAGGAUGGGGUGCCCACGGUGGUGGAGCCUUCUCGGGCAAGGAUUGGUCUAAGGUCGACCGAUCGUCCGCCUACAGGUAAGCUCUCUGGCCGCACUCCUGCCCCCAUCAGCCUCGCUGACCCCGACUCUUAAAACUGCCCUCAACCAAACAGUGCUCGAUGGAUUGCCAAGUCCUUGAUCGCCGCCGGCCUCGCCGAGCGUGCCCUCGUCCAGCUCUCGUACGCCAUCGGGGUCGCCGAGCCCUUGUCCAUCUUCGUCGACUCGUAUGGAACCGUCAAGGAGGGCUACACCGACGCCGACUUGACCAAGAUCAUCCUCAAGAACUGGGAUCUCCGACCGGGAGUCAUCGUCAAGGAGCUCGGUCUCCAGGCCCCCAUCUACGCCCAGACGGCGUGCUACGGUCACUUCGGUAACCCCGCUUACCCCUGGGAAAAGCCCAAGAAGCUCGACCUUUCCAAGUAA